AUGUCAGAGUCAUCCACCACUCCACAUGGUGAAGCAAGCUCCGUUCAGACCCCGCAAUCACAAUCACAGCAACAACAACAACUCAACCGGUCCUGUGAGUCCUGCAGAAGUCUCAAAGUCCGUUGUCUGCCCAAUCCAUCUACGCCAAACCAAUGCCAGCGCUGCGCCAAGGGAAAGAAGACAUGUGUCUUCGUCGCACCGCAAAGGCGUCGGCCGCGCAAGCGGACCGACUCCAGAGUGGCCCAACUUGAGAAAGAGAUGCGUAUGAUGCGAUCCCUGCUCAAGGAUAAGAUUCGAGAAGAAAGCGAGCAUGGAUCUCCCGAUGACAGCGAUAAUUCUCAGGACAAUGAGUCCACCGAAAUGGAUUUUCAGGGAAGCUUAGGACCCAUCCCGGAGUCCGCCGGGGAUACGUCCGACUCUGCCCAGUUCAUGGAAUACUCCCCGAAUUUCAUCGACACUUCGCAUCCCGGCAUGCAUGGGAGUGGUCCACUCUCAGCACCUCCGACCUUUUCGGGACUGCAUGCUAAUUUUGCAACGGAGUCGAGCGAACCACCUGCCGACGAUGUCAUCGAUCGGGGUAUCAUCUCUAUCGAAGAUGCAGAGCAGCUGGUGGCAUUCUUCAUCCAUGAACUGUCGAGCAUUUUCCCCUUGGUUGUUCUGCCUUCAAAUACCACUGCAGCUCAGCUCCGACAGGCAAAGCCAAUACUGUUUCUUUCCGUGAUCUCCGCGGCGGCCAUUUCCAUCGAUGCAGGCUUAGCGGUUGUUUUGAAUCGUGAAAUGGUUCGUUUGUAUGCAGACAAGUUCUUCAUCGAGGGAGAAAAAUCGUUAGAGUUGAUCCAGGCAUUGCUGUUGAUGAUUAUCUUCUACCUCCCGCCUGGAUCGCCCUUGAGGCUGCAAUUUUACCAGUACACUCAUAUCGCAUCGACGAUGGCACUGGAGAUCGGGCUUGCGGCGAAGAGGCGUAUCACAAAGAAGAAGUCCGAUCGCAAAAAGUCGGAGCCGCAUGAUGAGCAUUUGGCGGAGCAGGCCAGGGCUGUUUUGGGAUGCUACCAUUUAGGAUCAACUGUUGCGAUGAAGACUCGCCGUCCAAAUUUACUCCAGUUCAACGACUGGAUGGCCGAGUGCGUAGAUCAACUGGAGCGAUCACCCCACCGAACAGACCAACGACUAGCCGUGUGGUUUGAGCUUCAACGCAUCACUGACGAAGCUAUGUCUUCGUUUGGCCUGGACGACACCAGCGCCUCGUCUCCGUUGACGGAAUCACGCGUGCAGGCUGUACUGCGGUGGUUUGAUAAGCGAAUGGAAGCAUGGAAGAAUCACACUCCGAACAACAUGCUCACCGUGCCGAUGAUCCUCGAAUAUCGAUCUGCGGUCCUUGCCAUGUAUGAACUAGGCGUCGGAGAGGGCUAUCGAGACCCCGACGCUGUCAAGCGUCGAUACUUCACCCUCCCAACACUCGACGACGACGGCAACCGUAAACAACAAGAGCCACCAAUGAGCGUUAUCCGCAUCGACAUCAAUGUGAAGUGGAUGAACGCCGCCCACGAACUCCUAGACGCCAUCCUGACAUGUAGCGCUGAGACGAUGCGCCGAUUGCCGAACCUGAUGUACACACGUUUCACAAUGGCAGUCACAUCACUGUUGAAGAUCCAUUUCUCAGUGCGGACAGGAGCAUUAGGAGAAGUUGUCACACCGGAAGCCGUGAACGUGGGCUAUUACCUCGAAGCAAUGUCGAACAAACUGGGCGAAGCAAGCGGCGGCGGUAAAUACAAAAUUCCCACUCGGUGGUAUCAAGUCGUAGCAGUCAAGGGCCGAGACUGGUACGAGCGUCUGGAGAAACGGUACUCUGGAUCAUCACCCGAGCCUAGUAGUAAUAUUCCAGCUACAGUGUCCGAUCACCCGGCAGCAGGCUCUGAGCCAAUGACCCCGGCACACAUGACCGGUCCGCAUAUGGAUAGCUCUUUCUCUGUGGCGCCCGGUGUACCGAAUAUGGCACCAAUUGAGAACAUGCGUGAUGGGUAUGUUGCGAUGAGCGGUGUGGGCAUGUGGCCCAUGGACGGUAGUCAUGGUCAAAAUCAGUUCUUCCAGUCCCUUCCUAGUGGUUAUCCGCAGGCAGCUUCACUGCCGCCACAGUUUGCAUAUGACCCACAGAGACUCCCUCCUCAGGGUGCUAGCCAUGGGCCUGGGACGGGCAUGGAGUUGGACGGAUGGCUUCCGGAUGGAAGUAUAUUUGGCAUGCCUCCUCUUCCGGACUUUUGA